CGGGACAUGACGUUUUGACCAACCAGUGUCUCGCUUGGCAACGAUACCUCCAUUAGUCUUUCGAAAAAUAGCAACAGACUUUAUUAACAAAGAACUAAGACAAUGUAGUGAAAUCUGGAUUUUAUUUUGAUUUAUAAAGUUUCAAGUGGAAUUUAAAUUAUAAAUGCGACAUGACUUGAGCUCUAGAAGACUAUCGGAGAGCCAGGAAGGGUAUUUUUCGGUGUUUAUUUUCGGAACAUGUCAACGCGUGUAAAACCAUUACCAGUGCCUGUACAAAGGACUCGAUCUCUUUUGACAACAGGCGACAUGUAUACCCAUACAAUUGAUGGAUCGCAUCAUUUACCACCAUUAACAAGUCAAACAGUUGGAGGGGCUUCGCAUAGUGCUCAUGUAAGUACACAGGGACCAAAAGUAACCCAGUUGUACGAGGAUCAUAAACACCAUGAUACUAAGAGAGACCACGGUCAACAUGGCGGCGUUGAUGAACCAGCGCUACCUGUGGUCAGACCCAGUUCUAGUGCUGGAAGUAUUGGGUCCAAGUCUGGAUCAGCAGCAAGAAGGAAUAAUGCUAUGAGUCCUGAAACUGCGAUGAAACAGUAUAUGCAUAAACUAACAUCAUUUGAACACCAUGAAAUUUUCAAUUAUCCUGCGAUAUUUUUUGUUGGACAGAAUGCUAAGAAAAGACAGGGUGUUGUAGGUGGUGCAAAUAACAAUGGUUAUGAUGAUGAAAAUGGUUCAUAUAUACAUGUACCACAUGAUCAUAUAGCUUAUCGAUAUGAAGUUUUGAAAGUUAUUGGUAAAGGCAGCUUUGGACAAGUUGUAAAGGCCUAUGAUCACAAAAUUCAGUCCCAUAUAGCGUUAAAAAUGGUUCGAAAUGAAAAGAGAUUCCAUAGACAAGCUCAGGAAGAAAUAAGAAUUCUUGAACAUUUGAAGAAACAGGACAAAGACAAUGCAAUGAACAUUGUCCACAUGUUAGAGCAUUUUAGUUUUCGCAAUCAUAUUUGUAUAACAUUUGAAUUGCUCAGUAUGAAUUUAUAUGAACUUAUUAAGAAAAAUAAAUUUCAAGGAUUUAGCUUACAACUAGUUAGGAAAUUUGCACACUCAAUCUUGCAAUGUUUAGAUGCGCUUUACAAAAAUAGAAUCAUACACUGUGAUCUCAAACCAGAAAAUAUCCUUCUUAAACAGCAGGGCAGAAGUGGAAUUAAGGUGAUAGACUUUGGAUCCAGCUGCUAUGAACAUCAGCGCAUAUAUACAUAUAUCCAGUCAAGAUUUUAUAGGGCGCCAGAAGUCAUAUUAGGAGCAAAGUAUGGAAUGCCUAUUGAUAUGUGGAGUCUUGGCUGUAUCCUGGCUGAGCUGCUGACAGGGUAUCCACUGUUCCCAGGGGAAGAUGAAGGAGACCAGCUCGCAACCAUUAUUGAAUUGCAAGGCAUGCCACCACAAAAAUUGCUAGACCAGUCAAAACGAGCCCGGAAUUUUAUAAGUUCGAAAGGUCAACCUAGAUACUGCACUGUUACAACACUGCCAGAUGGUAGCACAGUACUUCAGGGAGGACGUUCUCGAAGAGGUAAAACUAGAGGCCCACCCGGUAGUAAAGAUCUAGUAACUGCUCUUAAAGGUACAGAUGAUCCACUCUUCCUGGAUUUUAUGCGAAGAUGCCUUGAAUGGGACCCAGCUAAUCGUAUGAACCCAGCUCAGGCACUUCGACAUGCUUGGCUUCGGAGAAGAUUGCCUAAACCUCCAGCAAAUGAAAAUCGCCAAGAUUCUGCAACACGUAAAAAGAUCACCACAGCUAACACUAGCGCUUUAGUGUCUAAAAUAGGAAGCUCAUCAAGUGGGAAGGCUCGUCAACAAUAUAUUCAAGAAGAUUCAGGAAUCUUGAAUACAAGAACAAAAUUACCACAGAUUGGUUCUACUAUGUAGGACAUUCCAUUUUGUGAUCACGAUACUAAAAUAGAAAAUAUAUCACAUGAUUAUAUAAUUGUUUUAAACUGAAAUAAAUGCAAUGAUAUUUCUAAAAGCCGUCCACACAUGCCUUAUUCAAAAUAAAUAAAAUCACUCUGUGGUUUUUGAAUGGAAAUUGUGUGAAGUUUUUAAAUGCACCAGCCAAAAUGUGGAUUGAAAAUUAAGAAUUUUGGUGAAAUGAAAUCAGUAAAUUUUCUUUUCCAUUUGUUGAGUUGAUUUUCAAAACUAAUAUAUUCUAUUCUAGUGAACUUUGUACACUCGAUGUGCUGUUCAGUGAAAAUGUGCAUCAGGUUUAUAUGUGGAAUUGUGUUGUUUGAAUGUGCGCUGAAUUCUGUAAAGAAUGGAUUUUUUGUGAUGUGUAUGGUGUUGUUAAUGAUCAGUAUUUAUUGAACAAAAUGUUCAUAUUAUUACCACAUUGUGUGCACAACAUUGCUGUCCUAGUAUUGUGUUAUUCAUCCAUACUAAGUUCAGAGACAGGAUGUAAAAACUUGACUAUGAUCAUUUUAAACAUUGAUCAUUUGUUUUUUCUGUGAUAUAAUAGUUUUAUCUAUAGUACCUUCAAGGAUGGUACAUUGUCAUUAGCUUAACAUGCUGGAUAAAUGUGUACUUUUUGAAUGGACUGAUAGCUUAUCAUGGAUACAAAUUGUGAAACAUUUGGGUCAGAGUAAGGAAAAAGAAGUGUCAUUUUAAUUGCACUAUUUAUACUUGGUCCAAAGCUUUGUUUUUAUGACAUUUGUUUUGAUGAUGUAUUAAUUUAAAAUUAUGUUUGUUAAGGCUUAAUUUUUACAGUCUUUGAGAAGAUUGUUACUUUUUUUAAAUUUUGUCUAAAUAUUUAAUGUUCAAUUUUAUUUAAUUCCAUAUUGUAAUCACUAUUGUAAAGAUCUUACAUUUUAAAUGAGUUUUUAGAUAUAAAAAUGAGUUUUACACAAUAUUUUAUUUUAGGAGAAAAAUAACUUCUCUUUCUUUGCCUUGACCUAAAUAUUAGUGAGCGAGCUCCAGUCUGAAUUUAAGCUACCUUUAAAAAGUUGAUUGUAAUGUUAAUUUGGCAGUUUGUAAUUAGGCAGUGUAUAAGCUGUAAGUUACUUCAGUUUACCAAAUGUGAAGAAAAUUGCUUAGAGUCCUAUAUUAUCUGUUAAUGAGUUAUUUUGCUGCCUUUGAUUUUUUUAAUUUAAUGUUUUUGUAUACAAAUUUUGAAAAAAAAACACCAGAAAAUGUAAGACUGGCCUAAUUAUUGAUAAGCCAUCAACGUGUUGUGUGCCUGAUUUAUGUAAUUUGCCGGCUGAUUGACAUGCUACAUAUUCCAAUCUCUGCGUUCACUCAUCAAUUAAUUUUCCAAUAACCAGAUCUCUGGUCAGAAUACCAUUCUUGUGUUUUGUUUCUAGGGAGAAAUAUUAGUCUGUUAAUGGUUUUGGCAUAUGCUUUAUGAAGUUAUGGAUAAUUUAUUCCUUGGCAACAUAAUUAGUUUUUAUCCAAAAUCUCAAAUGUUUUAUCAAUCAUGGGUCAGUAAAUUGGAGUAAAUUGAUAGUUUCUUUUACCCAGAUAGUGUUUUUUUUUCUUCUGGAAUUCAUUGUGGGAUGUGAAAAUAUUUUUAUCAUCUUGAUGUUUUUACUUUUGCAACAUGAAAAUGCACAUAUUUCUUAUCAGUUUCUUUGCUUGGAUUAGAAGUAUUUACAGAAGUAUAGAUUUAUGAGCAUAUAAAAUAAGUUAUUUUUUUUAUUGACCUGUAUUGAUAAGUUUGAUUAAGUAAGCUAAUAUAAAUUGCCAACUAUAUAAGGUUUAUUUCAUAUAUUGUAAAUCUAUCGCCAAUAUCAAAUUUAUUAAUCUAUAACCUACACAAUACACACAAUUGAUAAGUGAACCGUAACAUUGCAUGUUUUGAAAGCAUACCAAGCAAAUACAUUAGAAUAUUGAUUUCAUUCUUGUUCUUUAGCUUCUAAUCAGCGAAAGCUCCAUUGAAGUGGCAUAAUUGUAAAAUCUAUGGAAUAGCCAUUUGCUUACAGGGUAAAGGUUGGAAUUAUAGCAGAUAAGGCGGCAGGCAAUCUACAAAAAUCACCACUAUUGAUCAAAACUUUCUAACAGUUGUGAUACAGAGUAUUGUAGUAGUUCCCCUCAGGUUAAAAUAAUUUUACCAUGUGUUUUUUUUUUAAGAAUUUCCAUUUUUAUACAUAUAUCAGUAUACAGCGCAUUUUGUGUUUAUAGUUUGUUUUUUUUUAAGAUAAAGCCUUUUUUUACAAUGAGAUACCAGUACUUGAAACUUAUCUGUUGAAGAAUUUCAUCUUAAGUUUAUCUAUCAAUGUAUGAAUUUUGUUACUUUUUGUGUGAAUGAAUUGGUAGGCAAACAAAUGAAUUUUAUCUAUUCAAAUACCAUUAAAUGCAAUAAAAGAAAUUCCAACGUUGCUAAACAGGGGCUGAUAACUUGAGAUUGUUAUACAUAAAUUUCAAUUUUAUUAACUUAAAGAGUUUACUGUUUUUAUAAUGACAAUGCCCAAGGUAAAAUUUUGAAUACUUACAAAUACUAUUACAAAUAAUUGUGGUGUUGAGUUACAAAUAAUGAUAAUGAAAUAAGGCCAUGCAAAUAUAAGUCUGUUUUAAGUUUCCUGACCAAUCAGAAUGCAUUAAUUAUUGUUACAAGGCAUGGCUAUAAAUGUUAAAAAAAUACUGUUAUUGUAAACUUUUAUUGUAAGUAAACAAGAAAUGGCAUACCUGCAAAUCGUAACAUACAUUGUAUAUUUUGAGGGGACAGAAAGUUGUGAACAGACAUAUAUUUGCCUUGGCCUAACUUACUGUAAUACAAAGUAGUAAUUAUUUGCAAUUUUCAUGCAUUACUAUUGGCCUUGAUUACUGUACAUUUUGCCUAAUGUCAAGUGAAUAUUGCCCUGUUCAUGAGAAAUCUUGUUGCAUUUAUAUUUCAUUGUAAUACAUAAGGGAUCAAGUUUGUUUCAAACAAAAAAUGUUAUAUCUGAAAUCAUUUACAUUAUCAUCUAAAAUAUUUUGUUAGGUUAGAAAUAACUUGAGAAUGAUAAUUAUUACUGUGUAUGUAAUGUAUCUGAGAAAACAUUGGUAUUGUUGCUUUAUAUAUUUAAAACUAAAAAUGGUACAUGUUUCUUAAGUUUUGAGAAGAAGUUAAAAUUGUUUGUUAAGGUAAAAAAACUAUUCAGGUCAGACAGAAUAAUCAUUUUUAAGAUAAACAUCUGCACGUUAAUAUGCUUUAAAAAAAACAUGUAUAAACAAUUUAUUUUAUAUUAACAUGACUUGCUUCUGAGGGAUUUCACUUUUCCUGAUUUUUACACAAUGUAGGUUAAGGGGAUUGUCCCUAAAUAAUUUAUCCUUAGAGAUUGUCCUCAAACAAAAUUUGUUACAUGAUGAUUACAUGUUCAAACAUGUACAAUUUUUAAUUUAUAAACCUUUCAAAAAGAAAAAAAAAUGUCUGUUUCCGGCUACCAAUACAAUUGCAUUUGAAAUUAUCUGAAUGAAAUUAUUUAAACAGAGAUUACUUUUAUGAAUGAAAACUUUCAUUGUAAAAUUAUUCUGGCAAUUUCAUGUCAAGUUCAACAAUGUAAAUGAAAAGUUUAAAGCGGAAAUAUUUGUAUAAUCUUCCCAUUGAGGAAAAAAUGAAAUUUAUUCGUCGUAUCUUACAUAAUUCAUGAGGCUGUUUUGAAGCUUUGCAUCUGAAAUAGGAAGAAAGAAAUAUUGACAUUGUAACUAGGUUAGUGAAAACUUCACUUGGUUUAUAAAAUAUCCGGUAUAUAAAUAUAAAUAAUUAUGUUUAGUCAAUAAAAUAUUGCCAUGACGUUUUUGUUGGUAUGCAGUUAAUGACUGCCUAGUUAGUAAAUGAAAAUGUGGUAUUGAGCUAGUAGCCUCCACACAAGCAGAGGUCAUAUCAGGAAAAACAUUGAUUUUGCACUGUUUCUAGUUACACUGAAUUAACAGAAAUCCACUGCAUCUAAUAAAUAUGUAUCUGAAGGUGAAAUCUAAUGUAUAAAAAAAAGAGGGAAGAAUAACUAGGUCAAAAAUGUAUACAAUACUAAUAGUAAACAUAAAAUAGCUGCAUAAAUCAUUAUGACAAGGUCUAAUAGUUUUUUUAUGAUUAUGUUUUAGUACAUGUAUCUUUAUACUAAAGUGUACCUUUUAGUACUUUUAUUUAAUUAAAAGAAAUGCAAUGCUUUCGUGGUUAUCUCAAACAGUCAUUGCAUGGCAUAAGUUUUUGUUUAGAAAAAUAUGUCAGAAUCUUAUUGCCUGGCAUUUCUUUUUAAGCAAUAGAUUUGUCAUCUAAAUGAAGAUACAUGUAUCUGAUAAAAAAUUUUUUGGAAACAACAAAUUUGACCAAGUUUGUUUGUUUUAUUUUUCAUUUACACUUACAUGCACGUAAAUAAUUAUCUCAUUUUGAUGUUUAUUACAUAUUAUUAUUUAUUGACUUUUUGCUUUCUCUUGUUAACUUUGGGACCAUAUCAUAAAAAUGCUACUGAAAAAAAAAUAAUUUAGUUAAAAUUUGAGGUUUUUUUCAUUGUUCAGGUUUUUUUUUUAACCAGGCGUUCCUUUGGUUGUGUUUUCUUGUUUUGAACGCAGUUAUAAAAGCAGGGAUAUAGUAGGAAUAUGUCACAAGGAAAUAGCAGUAUGGUUGUAAAACAUAAAGCAUUGAAAUUUAAUUUUUUUCUAAAAUACUGUUUUAUAUAAGACAUUAGGUUUUUCUACAAAUUUCAUGUUUUUAUAUUGUUACUUUCCAACAAGAAAUCUCGUUAUUUUCUCUAUUGAGUCUCACAGCUAUACAUGUACAUUUACAUCUGAAAACUUGACCAAGGCUUAUUCCCUCAUUUGCAUUAAGUCUCAAAGUAUACCUGUAUAAAUAGUUAUACCAAAUUACCAAUAGACAUCCAGAGUUUAGUCCCACACUGUCAUAUGAUGGAAACUUACAAACUAUUUUGAUGUUUUCUUUUGACAAAGUGCAUAUUUCUGUGUGCACAUUUGAAUUGCAGCUGAUUUUGUGGUCUGAAACCUGUCACCAGUAUACAUUGUAUUGUGCUUGUAUAUGUUUUUACUCUUGUAUGAUAAGUUUGUUGUUAUUUAUUCUUUUACAUUUCUCUCUCAUCUCUCAACUAUCAUUAUAUUUUUACUGUCAGUCUUGUUUUCCUCAUUGUCAACCUAUGACAAACCAAAAAAAUCUAAUUUUUCUAGUUUUAUAUAUACAUAAAAAGCCUUUUUAUUUUAUUUUUUCCCAUAUUUUUAGACAGUGUAUAGUGUAUAUAGCAUUUAUAUACAUACAGAUAUACCAUGUUUGGCUGACCAUGCCAAAUAUUUGUUAGUGGAUGCUGAAAUUGUUAUAGAAUAUUUCAGGAUUGUGUUAUUGAAUGGAUGUUUGAAUACAGAUAUUUUUAACAAAAAGUGUAAAAUUUGACUAUUAAAAUGACACUGCAAUA